AUGAGUGGUGUGUCUCAGGUAGACGCGGUCGAGCCUGUCGAGGUUACUGGUGACUCUGGUGCUGCUGCGGGUGCGGAGCCUCGGGGUGCUGAGCCUGGGGGUGCUGAGACUGGGGGUGCUGAGCCUGGGGGUGCUGAGCCUGGGGGUGCUGAGCCUAGGGGUGCUGAGCCUGGGGGUGCUGAGCCUAGGGGUGCUGAGCCUGGGGGUGCUGAGCCUGGGGGUGCUGAGCCUGGGAGUAUUGCGUCUGGGAGUGCUUCGCCUGGGAGUGCUGCGCCUACUGCUUCUUUUGCCCGGCGCUGGAGGCGAGCUGCUGGAGCUGGGGGUGCUGCGGGUGCUGGAGGUUCUGUUGCUGCCAAAGGAGCUGGUACCACGGGUCUCGGAGGUGCUCGUACUGAGAGUACUGGAGCUGCCGGGCCCGGGGGUGCCUCUGGAGCUGGAGCUGCUGCGGGUGCUGGCGCUGAGUCUACGACUGUCAGUCCUACUGAGGGUACUUCUGGCGCUGCUGGAGGUGCUGGAGUUGGAGCUGCUACUGGUGCUGGUGCUGCCUCUGGAGGUGUUGGUGCUGUCCCUGCUGUCUCUGGCGGUGCUGCGCGGCCUCGGCCGUACUUCGUUCCGCUCCUUCAGCAGGUUCUUGGUCUCCCGCCUUCCACUGGUCCUUCUCCUCCCGUAGAGUGUCCACAGCCUGUCCCGUCGCAGUCACAGUUACAGCCCGCCUCUCCCCUGCCUUCUCCUUCUCCUUACACUGGUCCUACUGGAGGUCUUGCUGAGCGUCGUGAGCCUGCGUCCCGCCCUAUGUCGCCAGUCCGAGUUGCUCGCCCUAGUGGUCGCGGUUCGCGUCAGCGUCCUAAUCCUGUCCCUGGCACACACAGGAUGUCUCUGCGUCCGUCCACUGCUCCUCUGCGUGCCCCUUUGCCUUCUCCUCCUCAGUCUUCUCUUCCUACACUUGCCGACCCGGAGUCGGACUCUCGCCGUGCUGCCAGUCCUACUGUCAUGCGUCUUCUUGCUACUGUUGUCACUUACCCUUCCUUUGAGUCCGCUGCUGCGUCUGCGCUAGUUGCUGAGCUGGUCGACCUUGCUGCUGCGUGUCGUCUAGACUACGCUGCUAGUCUUGUUGCUGAGUCUGCUGAGUCUGCUGAGUCUGCGUCUGCGUCUGCCUGUCCUCCGUCCGUCGGGGGUGACUGUGCUCUUGGCACGGACGUCCUUGAGGACAGGCAGGAGGAGUUCCAGUGCUUUGCCGCCGCUUUGCCCCAUCUCGUGUCCAUGCUUGUUGCCCUUGAGGGAGACCCGGAUGCUCUAGACAUCCCGACCCCACGCUCUUACGCAGAGGCGAUGGCCGGUCCCUACUCCUCUCUGUGGCAGUCAGCCAUGGAUGCAGAGAUGGCUUCCUGGAAGUCCACAGGCACCUACGUCGACGAGGUUCCCCCACCUGGGGCGAACAUUGUUAGUGGCAUGUGGAUUUUCAGGGUGAAGCGGCCGCCGGGUUCUCCGCCUGUCUUCAAGGCGCGCUACGUGGCUCGUGGCUUCAGUCAGCAACAGGGAGUUGACUUCUUUCAGACCUUCUCCCCGACCCCGAAGAUGACCACUCUUCGGGUUCUACUGCAUGUCGCUGCUCAGCGUGACUACGAGCUACACUCUCUUGACUUCAGCACUGCUUUCCUGCAGGGCCGCCUGCACGAGGAGAUCUGGCUGCGCCGCCCUCCUGGCUUCACUGGGUCGUUCCCUCCUGGUACCCAGUGGAGCCUCCGGCGGCCAGUCUACGGUCUCCGCCAGGCGCCGCGUGAGUGGCACGACACACUGAGGACUACACUUGCGGCUCUUGGGUUUGCUCCUUCUACUGCUGACCCGUCGCUGUUUCUACGCACCGACACCUCGCUGCCGCCGUUCUACAUCCUCGUGUACGUCGACGACUUGGUCUUUGCCACUGCGGACACUGCCGCACUCGCCCACGUGAAGUCCGAGCUGCAGAAGAGACACACGUGCACAGACCUGGGUGAACUGACAAGCUAUCUUGGCUUGCGGAUCACCCGGGACAGAGCACGCCGCACCAUUACCCUGACUCAGUCACACAUGGUGCAGCAGGUCCUUCAGCGCUUCGGCUUCACGUACUCCUCGCCUCAGUCCACUCCUCUGCCUACGGGACACUCGCUCUCAGCUCUGCCUUCGGAUGAGUCCGUAGAGUCGAGUGGUCCGUAUCCAGAGCUUGUGGGCUGCCUCAUGUACCUAAUGACCUGCACUCGACCUGACCUCGCAUACCCUCUCAGCAUCUUAGCACGCUAUGUUGCUCCCGGCCGUCACCGGGAGGAGCACAUGGAUGCAGCUAAGAGGGUGUUGCACUACUUGUGCAGUACGUCGGGCAUGGGGCUAGUGCUUGGAGGGCGAGAGCGGCCUGUGCUCACUGGGCACUCAGACGCUUCUUGGGCUGACAACCAGGCUACUCAGCGGUCGUCUCAGGGUUACACCUUCAGUCUUGGUUCUGGCUCUGUCUCUUGGCGCUCUACUCGCUCUUCUUCUGUUCUCAGCUCCAGCUGUGAGGCUGAGAUCUACGCCACGGCCAUGGCUGCCCAGGAGCUUCGCUGGCUCACCUACCUGCUGACUGACCUUGGAGAGCGGCCUCGUUCUCCUCCAGUACUGUACGUUGACAACAAGGCAACCAUUGCCUUGUGUCAGGAGCACAGACUGGAGCACAGGACGAAGCACAUUGCUCUGCGCUACUUCCUUGCUCGAGAGCUGCAGCAGCGUGGUCAGCUUCUUUUGCGUUUCGUGGCCACUGAGGCCAACACUGCUGAUGUGUUCACCAAGGCACUUCCGCCUCGUGACCAUCAGCGCUUUUGCACUCUGCUAGGCCUUGUGCCCACUGGGCCUCACUUGCUUACCUCUUGA